AUGAGCAAGUUAAUUCCAUCUGCAGUUAAGCUUUUCGGCGGAUCUACAAUCACGAAAGCAGCCGCCCCAGUAGCUGUCACGACCAACGCAAAGUUUAGCACAAAAUCAGAGGCUUCCUUCGAAAUAAAACCUUUCAAACUCCACAGGUUGGAUAAAGGUCCGGCUACAACAGCCUCUUUGACAGCUGAAGAUGCACUUAAAAUGUAUGAAAAACUUGCAGUCCUUAGAAGAAUUGAAACUGCAGCAGGCAAUUUAUAUAAAGAAAAGAUUAUCCGUGGUUUCUGUCAUUUGUAUUCAGGUCAGGAAGCGGUAGCAGUAGGUAUGAGAAUGGCGAUGCGAGAUGUUGACUCGGUGAUCACUGCCUAUCGUUGCCACGGAUGGACUCACCUUAUGGGGGUCAGUGUGCUUGGUGUACUUGCCGAAUUGACGGGAAGACACAGUGGAUGCUCCAGAGGCAAGGGUGGUUCUAUGCAUUUGUAUGGACGCAACUUUUAUGGCGGCAACGGUAUUGUCGGUGCUCAGGUGCCUCUUGGUGCUGGCAUAGCCUUUGCCCAUAAGUACACAGGAGACGGGGGAGUGAGCUUUGCGUUGUACGGCGAUGGUGCCGCAAAUCAAGGGCAACUAUAUGAAGCAUAUAACAUGGCCAAGCUAUGGGAUCUGCCUUGUGUGUUUGUUUGCGAGAAUAAUGGAUAUGGUAUGGGUACGAGUGUGGACCGCGCGUCGGCCAGCACGGAGUACUACACGCGCGGCGACUACGUGCCCGGCGUGUGGGUGGACGGCAUGGACGUGCUCGCCGCGCGCGAGGCCACGCGCUUCGCUAUCGACUACUGUACCAGUGGGAAAGGUCCGUUAGUAAUGGAAAUGGAGACAUACCGGUACUCGGGGCACUCUAUGUCUGACCCGGGCACGUCGUACCGCACGCGCGACGAGGUGCAGGAGGUGCGGCAGACGCGAGACCCCAUCACAUCCUUCAAGGACAAGAUACUGUCCCACGAACUGGUCACACCCGAACAGCUUAAGGAAAUCGACACAAAAGUACGAAAAGAAGUGGAUGAAGCAACAAAGCAAUCUAAAUCAGACCCUGAAGUAGGUAUAGAAGAACUUUCCGGAGAUAUCUACUACAAAAACUAUGAACCCGAAAUCCGUGGCGUUAGUCCCAUUGCUGGUCUAAAACACGUUGAAGUUAUGCCACGUAAA